AUGAGCUCGAAGAACAAUAAAGUAUGUGACCCAGACAACAUCUGUAGCGAGCACCUGAAAACUACGUUCCCUGUACUAGUGAUUCCCCUCACAGCGCUCCUCAAUGAGUGCCUGAAACGAGGAAUUGUACCAGAUCAGUGGAAAUAUUCGAAAAUCUUUACAACACUACUGUGCAAGCGUCUUAGAGAUAUCCUCGAUGAGAAACUCCCCGAUUCACAGUUUGGUUUCAGAUGUGGGAGAUCAGUGGCACAAGCUGUACACUGUCUCCAAACCGAUACAAAAAUGGCCGUAGCGAACCGAGGGGGAAAGCUUCAUGCAAUUUUCGUAGACUUUACCAAGGCGUUCGACACAAUCAAUAGAUCCAUUCUAAUGAAGAAACUGGAAACCUCCCUAGGUCCAAGACAUUACCUGUUGCCAGUCAUUAGAGACCUCCAUUACUUUUUUUACAGACUGUUGAAACCAUAA